CGGAUCAACCUUCAGAAAACAGAUAAGGGCUUUCUAUUAAAGUCCUGCUGUUUAACUUCUUAAACUGAGUAAAACGGUCCAACCUGACCCUUUACAAAGAGCUACUUCAUAUGAGGUUAAAAUGGAGGGAAGAGUUUUGGCUCUGAGGACCAUGAUCAAAGAGCAUUGUCCCAAGAUGGAAAAUCUGGACCUUCCAAAGUGGAUGCAACAAGACACUUUCAAGGGACCCAGCAAGCACUCAGACAAAGAGACCGAUGACAGUUUUGACACCAGCGAGAUGUUGCUCGACACCGAGAAGCAGUUCAUGGAAGCAGCAAAGAGGAAUGAUCUGAAAACCAUGAAGUAUCUUGGAAAAAGUUUGAACGUCAAUACGAAAAAUGUGCACAACAGGACAGCCCUUCACUACGCAGUGGCUGGCAAACACAAGGAGGCAACCCAGUUCCUUCUGCAGCGCAGGGUCAAAGUGGAUCAAAAGGACAAGUAUGGCAUGGCAGCCAUUCAUCUAGCUGCCUGGUUUGGCAGUUUGGAGAUGCUUAAAUUACUGGUGCAGGCUGGGGCUGAACAGAAGGCUGAAAAUGAGGAAGGACUGAACAUCAUGCACUGUGCUGCAAUCAAAAACCACACUGAAAUUAUUGGGUAUAUUAUUAAUGAUAUGCAGAUGAAAGAAUUAGACAAGGAUGAUCAGUCAGGACAUCGUCCAUUUGCACGGGCAGCAGAACAUGGGAGCAUAGAAAUGCUAAAAACACUGAUGGACCCAUACAACAUGGCAACAAUGAAGACCAACAAGAGAGGGGACACGCCCCUGCACUUAGCUGCCAGGAACGGCCACUUGGAUGCCAUCCAACUGCUGCUGCAGAGCUUUGAUACUCGGGAUGAAGUCAAUAUGGAUGGCGAGACAGCCCUGUACCAGGCUGCAGAGAACAGUCAGGAAGAAUGUGUCUUGGCUCUGCUGGAGGCUGGCUGUGACCCAAACAUCCUCACAGUGGCCAAAUGCAGUGCUCUCCAUCCAGUCUCAGACAGAGGUGACUCGUCUCUUGUCCAACUCCUUUUAGAGUACAACGCCCAAACAGAUGUUCAAAACCAGCAGCUGGAGGCCCCUCUCCACCUGGCAGUGAAAAACAGUCACAUCCCUGUAAUCCAUUCUCUAGUAGUGGCAGGCUGCAACGUUAACAACGUUAACAAGAGGCUCCAGACUGCUCUGCAUCUUUCGGCGGAGCUCGGCAGGACUGAAGUCGUGGAAAUGCUUCUGAAAGUCGGUGUGGAUGUAGCACGCCGGAACAAACAGGGUAAAACUGCUCUGGGUGUGGCAGCCAGAGCAAAUGAGGUGAUGAUUGCGGACAUGAUCAUCAAAGCUGAAAGAUACUACAGCUGGAGAAAGGCCAACCCUGAGCUCAAUGAAAGUGUUCACAAUGAGCAUCCGCUAACGUUUAAACAUGACCACCGGAAUGAAACCAAGCAACUCCGUUCGACUGCCUGGCGCCUGGCGUACGAGCUCCUGAAACCCGGAGACUGGAAAAGACUGGCAGAGAACUGGGCUUUCACCAAGGAGCAAGUGUCUGCUAUUGAAGAUCAGUGGACAGGUCAGCACAGCUACAAAGAACAUGGCCACAGGAUGCUGCUGAUCUGGCUCCAUGGGGAGGAGCUCACUCAGAGGAGUCCUUCUAAACAACUCUACCAAGACCUCGUCCUCACUGGGAACAGGAAGGCUGCAGAUAAGAUUCGGCUGGAGGCAGAGAACACUGGCAGGAGUUGCUGCAUUUCAUGAUUAGGAUACAUAUAAACUUUGUUUAUACCAUCAUCAACCAUGGACAUCUGUAAUAAGUUAGCGGUAAAACCAUUUAUUUAGAAAAUAGCAAUGUGCUGAUCAUUAAAAUAUGACUUUGCUUUAAGAAAGUAAGCAACCAUUGCUGCUAGAUUGUUUCUAAAUCAUGGAUGGAUGCACAAAAAUGAUUUUAUAAAAAUAAAAUCCACCUUCAACUGUG